GUUGCCGAAACCUCCUCCAUAUCGGUUAUAUGUCAUCACGCCGCCGGCACAAAACCCUACGCCCAUCUCUUACCCCGGCUCCACUCCCUCACUUACUGCCGUCCUCCUCUCGAAUUGUCCAUUUGUCAUCAAGAAUGAGACGAGGAGUCCCAGUAACAGAAAUCGCGCGGUCCAAGAUCACCGCCAUCUCGUUCUAGAAAGAAGCGGUCGCGUUCUCACCUUCCUCCUCGUCUUCUUAUCUUGAUGCCGUUCAAGGAUGUAUAAAGCCACCUCCCCGUCGUCUGGACUCCUCAGGCUGGCUUCUUCUGGGAUUAGGUUUUCCUCCGCCUCCACGUCCUCCUCCAAUUCUCCUCUUGUCUCCAGGGCUUUAGCUUCUUCUUCUCGCCUCUCGGGGACUUCUUCGUCGUCUUUGCUUGGCUCGAGGUCCAUCGGAUUCUCGAGAUCCUGCUCUUCUUUACCCCGGCCGCUUGUUAGAUCGUUCGGCACUUGGAGGCACGGGAAUUGGAGGUCGCCGGUGAGUCUCAGGGCCCAGAUCAGGAGCUCGGCGGUCGUGAUCGAACGGUUCCAGAGGAAAAUGGCCACCCUGGCUACCGAGAAUCCAUUCAAGAACAUACUGACCAGCCUUCCGAAGCCUAGAGGUGGUGAAUUUGGGAAAUUCUACAGCUUACCUGCACUCAAUGAUCCAAGAAUCGAUAAGCUGCCAUACUCUAUCCGGAUUCUUCUUGAAUCAGCAAUCCGUAAUUGCGAUAACUUCCAGGUCACCAACAAUGAUGUUGAAAAAAUUAUUGAUUGGGAGAAUACAUCCCCAAAACAAGUUGAGAUACCAUUCAAGCCUGCUCGUGUUCUUUUGCAGGAUUUUACUGGUGUUCCAGCUGUUGUUGACCUUGCUUGCAUGCGUGAUGCUAUGAACAAGCUGGGAAGUGAUUCUAAUAAGAUCAAUCCAUUGGUUCCAGUAGAUCUUGUUAUCGAUCACUCAGUACAGGUAGAUGUGGCAAGGUCUGAGAAUGCUGUUCAGGCAAACAUGGAACUUGAAUUCCAAAGGAAUAAAGAGAGAUUCAGCUUUCUUAAAUGGGGAUCUACUGCUUUUCACAACAUGCUCGUUGUUCCUCCAGGUUCUGGUAUUGUACACCAGGUUAAUCUGGAAUACCUUGGCCGAGUUGUCUUCAACACUGAUGGCAUUCUGUACCCAGAUAGUGUGGUUGGAACUGAUUCACACACAACUAUGAUUGAUGGAUUAGGAGUUGCUGGCUGGGGAGUUGGAGGAAUUGAAGCUGAGGCUACAAUGCUUGGUCAGCCCAUGAGCAUGGUUUUACCCGGUGUUGUGGGGUUCAAGUUGUCUGGGAAAUUACGCAAUGGUGUCACAGCAACUGACCUAGUAUUGACUGUAACACAAAUGCUGAGAAAGCAUGGUGUUGUCGGCAAGUUUGUUGAGUUCUAUGGUGAGGGUAUGGGUGAGUUAUCAUUGGCUGACAGGGCAACAAUCGCUAAUAUGUCACCUGAGUAUGGAGCAACCAUGGGUUUCUUUCCUGUAGAUCAUGUCACUCUGCAAUAUCUCAAGCUGACAGGAAGAAGUGAUGAAACUGUAGCAAUGAUUGAGUCCUAUCUGCGAGCUAACAACAUGUUUGUUGAUUAUAGUGAGCCUCAAGUAGAAAGAGUUUAUUCAUCUUAUCUAGAGUUGGACCUCACGGAUGUUGAGCCCUGUGUUUCUGGUCCAAAGAGACCGCAUGACCGAGUUCCUCUGAAAGAAAUGAAGGCAGACUGGCAUUCUUGUCUUGACAAUAAAGUUGGAUUCAAGGGCUUUGCUGUGCCAAAAGAUUCACAGGACAAAGUUGUGAAGUUCUCUUUCCAUGGACAACCUGCAGAGCUCAGACAUGGUAGUGUUGUUAUAGCAGCUAUUACGAGCUGCACAAACACCUCCAAUCCCAGUGUCAUGCUAGGUGCUGGUCUUGUUGCAAAGAAAGCUUGUGAAUUGGGUCUUGAGGUUAAACCAUGGAUAAAAACAAGUCUUGCCCCAGGAUCUGGAGUUGUUACCAAGUAUUUGCUCAAGAGUGGACUGGAAAACUAUUUGAAUCAACAAGGUUUCCAUUUAGUUGGAUACGGCUGCACUACUUGUAUAGGAAACUCUGGAGAUCUUGAUGAGUCUGUUGCUGCUGCUAUCUCUGAAAAUGAUAUUGUUGCUGCUGCUGUGCUUUCUGGAAAUCGGAACUUUGAGGGCCGAGUGCAUCCCCUAACUCGAGCUAAUUAUCUUGCUUCACCUCCACUUGUUGUGGCAUAUGCUCUUGCAGGCACAGUUGACAUUGAUUUCGAGAAGGAGCCAAUCGGAACGGGAAAGGAUGGGAAGAGUGUGUAUUUCAAGGACAUAUGGCCAUCCACUGAAGAAAUUGCAGAGGUUGUUCAAUCAAGUGUGUUGCCAGACAUGUUCAAGAGCACUUAUGAGGCAAUCACAAAGGGCAAUCCAAUGUGGAACCAACUAUCGGUCCCAGCCACAAAUUUAUACUCAUGGGACCCUAAUUCUACCUACAUUCAUGAGCCCCCGUACUUCAAAAAUAUGACAAUGACUCCACCUGGACCUCAUGGGGUGAAAAAUGCAUACUGCUUGCUGAGCUUUGGUGACAGCAUUACAACAGAUCACAUUUCACCGGCAGGGAGCAUCCACAAGGACAGCCCAGCUGCAAAAUAUCUCCUUGAGCAUGGUGUGGACCGCAAAGACUUCAAUUCAUAUGGCAGUCGUCGUGGGAAUGAUGAAGUAAUGGCAAGGGGAACAUUUGCUAACAUUCGCCUUGUAAAUAAACUCUUGAAGGGAGAAGUGGGCCCGAAGACAAUUCACAUUCCAACAGGGGAGAAACUUUAUGUGUUUGAUGCGGCAAUGAGAUACAAGGCUGAUGGACAUGACACCAUAGUUUUGGCUGGAGCAGAAUAUGGGAGUGGUAGCUCUCGGGACUGGGCUGCCAAGGGCCCUAUGCUGUUGGGUGUGAAAGCUGUGAUUGCUAAAAGCUUUGAGAGAAUCCACCGUAGCAAUUUAGUUGGCAUGGGUAUUAUCCCACUGUGUUUCAAACCUGGUCAGGAUGCUGACUCACUAGGCCUGACAGGUCAUGAGCUGUACACAAUUGACCUUCCAAGCAACAUAAAUGAAAUACGACCAGGACAGGAUGUUACUGUUGUCACAGAUGCUGGGAAAUCUUUCACCUGUACAGUACGUUUUGACACAGAGGUUGAGUUGGCUUACUUCAACCAUGGCGGUAUUCUUCCAUAUGUUAUUAGAAGUCUGAUCAAUUCUGAGCGCUGAGCAAAGAGUUGACUCAAGAUGUUGUAAUGCUGGGAGCGGCUCUUACCCUUGUUCUUGCAGACCGUAAUCUUGUUUUGAGGCGUUGUUUGUUGAUUCUGCCAGGAAUUAGUUUUAGUAAUAAAGUGAUGUGCUAAAUGAAUUUUCCUAAUAUGCCUCAUAGGUCAAUGCUAUAUGGUUUAGUUUAAUGAAAAUAAAUUUUCGAA